GCCUCUCCUUGCGCUCCUUGCUGGACUGGGAAGCCGCUGCCAGCCUGCCGUCUCUGCCGCCUCUCGCCUCUCUCCGCCGCGGCUCCUGCUCCUCGCCUCCCGAUGCGCCUGGCCGAGAUGAUCAAGAAAAUGGGUCCCAGCGAUUCGGAGCUCAAUAUCCCGGCCAAGAACUGCUACCGGAUGGUCAUCCUGGGCUCGUCCAAAGUGGGCAAGACGGCCAUAGUCUCUCGCUUCCUCACCGGCCGCUUCGAGGACCAAUACACGCCCACCAUCGAGGACUUCCACCGCAAGUUCUACAGCAUCCGCGGGGAAGUUUACCAGCUCGACAUCCUCGACACGUCGGGGAACCACCCGUUCCCGGCCAUGAGACGCCUCUCCAUCCUCACAGGUGAGAGGCAGGACGGGGAACAGGGGCGCCGAAGGGGGCGAGAGGGAUUGGGGAACCAGAAGAGGCAUGAAAUGGGUGGAGGAGAGAUUGGUGAAGUGCAGACACAGUCUCUGGUAAAAGCCUUGGAGAGGAGGGGACUUAGACGACUACGGGGAGACGGCUAUGGGGAGGCCUCCGCCCAGUAUACUUGA